UUGAUUAAUUGAUAUCAUUUCAAUGUUGAUUGUGUAAAUAUACGUUAGAUUACAUUCAGAAUUAUCCCUAUGGACUUAGUUAUGUCAAAAAUCAUCGUCUUUGCUCUUUUUAAUUUGCUUUCAGCAUGUAACUGCAAAUGCCGUAGUCAAAAUGGUGAUUGGAAGUGUUGUGCAGAUUUUAUUUGGAGCAAUGAAACCAGGCGAUGUAUCGAGUGUCCUGUUGGUUAUCAUGGUGAGAACUGUCGAGCUCCCUGUCAGUACCCAAACUUUGGACGACUAUGUCAGUCUGAGUGUUUGUGUAGCAAUGCCUCUUGUGAUCCUGUUACUGGAUGCACAUCAAAUCGAACCAGACAGGACAACCAAAGUGAAUGUGAAAGUCAAUAUCGCCUGAUACGGACGAUUAUAUAUUUACUUGUCGCGGUAGUUUUGCUUUGCAUAUUUCUGGGAAUUUGUAAAUGUUACACAAAAUAUGGUUUCAAAUCCGAUGAAGAGACGAUGGAAGAAAUUGAGGGGCCAGUAAUGGAAGAUUUGACGUAUAUGACAAUAGAGGAUAACACGAAACCCUGCAAUCUUCCUAAGACAUGAGCGUUCUGAUGAUUUCAUAAUAAUUGAUAUCAUUAACAAUAUUUGGACAUACAGUGUAAGUUGAUGUCAAUGUAUGUACAUUAUGUCUGUUUUAAAGGAAACAUGGACACCCAUCUCGCUAAGAAUCCUAUACUUACACUCUGAAAAUGCAGUGUUAUAAUGAAUGAUAAUAUUAUGUGUAUAUAAGAAUAAAUAAUGUACAAAUGAA